AUGAGCGACAGCGAUGUCGACGAGGACGAGCUCCUCCAGAUGGCGCUGCAGGAGCAGGCCGCCCGGGACCUCAGCCACCAGCGCCCGGCCGGCGCGAACAAGCCCGUCGUCAACCUCGUCCGCCCGCCCGCCAACGCCCGCGGGGGCGCCAAGGCGCGUCAGCCCAGCCGCGGCGGCGACGAGGAUGACGACUCCGAGGUCGAGAUGCUCUCCAUUUCCUCCGGCGACGAGGACGGCGCCCCCGCCCGCGAGCGCGGGCCCCCGCCGCCCCGCGGGGGCGGCCGCGCGGGUGCUCGGAGGGCCGCGUCGCGGGACGACGCUGAUCUCGACGACGCCGAGCCCAGGAGCUGGAAGCGUGUCGACGAGGCUGAGCUUGCUCGCAGGGUUCGGGAAAUGCGUGAAGCAAGAGCAGCGCCUAGUAUUCAAGCACUUGAUCAGAAAGCGGCAGCAGCAGCAGCAGCUCGAAAGGCGCUCUCAAGUGUACAGACUUUACCUAAAGGCGUGGAGGUUUUGGAUCCAUUAGGCCUUGGUGUUAUGGACAAUAAGUCCCUGCGGCUAAUCACCGAAGCUUCAAUAAGUUCUCCAGUUUCAAGGGAGAAGUCCCAGGGUUUGGACCCCAGUAUGCGAGAGAAAGUUAUAUAUUCUUCUCCUCGUUUUGAUCCCAAGGUUUUUCUUUCGUGGGUCCACAAAGAUACAAGUGCUGCUGAUUUGGAGUCUGGUGCUCUUACCUUGAAAACUGAUCUCAAAGGGAGAACACAGCAGAAAAAACAACUAGUCAAGGAGAAUUUUGAUUGUUUUGUCUCCUGCAAAACCACAAUAGAUGACAUUGAGUCGAAGCUGAGACAGAUAGAAGAUGAUCCUGAGGGUGCAGGCACAUCUCACUUAUAUUCAGUCACUCAAAAAAUUAGCGGUGUGGCAAAUCGUGCAUUUGAGCCUCUAUUUGAGAGGCAGGCCCAAGCUGAGAAGAUCAGAUCUGUUCAAGGAAUGCUUCAGAGAUUCCGGACAUUAUUUAACCUGCCAAGCGCAAUUCGUGGCAACAUUAGGAAAGGAGAGUAUGAUCUAGCUGUCAGAGAGUACCAAAAAGCAAAAUCAAUUGUUCUUCCUUCUCAUGUUGGAAUACUGAAACGUGUACUGGAAGAAGUGGAGAAGGUAAUGCAUGAAUUCAGGGGCAUGCUUUAUAAGUCAAUGGAAGAUCCUCAUCUCGACCUUGCUGAGCUUGAGAACAUUGUCCGCCUACUGUUGGAGUUGGAGCCUGAGACUGAUCCAGUGUGGCAUUAUCUUAAUAUUCAGAAUGGCAGAAUUCAUGGAUUGUUUGAAAAGUGUACCGUAGAUCAUGAAGUGCGAAUGGAGAUUUUGCAAAAUAAAAUACGUGAUAAAGUGCUAUCUGAUUCAAAAUGGAGGCAGCUGCAACAAGAGUCGAAUAAAUCAUUGGAAGUUGAUUCUGCUAUUGGUGAUUCUUUUCAAGAUGAUCAAUUGUCAUCAAGCUUCAUGGUUGAAGAGGCUGAUAGUUUAAGGGCAACUUACAUACGCAGGUUAAGUGCUGUACUUAUCCAGCAUGUUCCAGCAUUCUGGAGAUUAGCUUUAUCUGUCUUCAGUGGAAAAUUUGCAAAGGCAGCUGCUGGCAAUGCACUUGCUGAUUCUGAGAUGAAUGCAAAAUCUGGUGCAAAUAAGAUUGAUGAUAAAGGUGCGGAGGCGAAGUACACAAACCAUAGUCUUGAUGAGGUUGCUAGUAUGGCUUGUGCUACUGUAUCUGUUUUCGACACGAAGGUUCAGAAUACUUUUCGUGAUUUUGAGGAAUGCAACAUUCUUCGUCCAUUUAUGGGUGACACUAUAAAAGAAAUAGCUAAGGCUUGUCAGACCCUCGAGGGGAAGGAUUCAUCCCCGACUGCUGUUAAAAUGUUGCAUGCCCUUCAUACUGAAAUGACAAAGCUCUACAUUCUUCGACUUUGUUCGUGGAUGCGGGUAACAACUAAGGAAGUAUCAAAACAUGAGACUUGGGUUACUUUGUCAACCCUUGAGAGAAACAAGUCUCCUUAUGCAAUUUCAUGCCUGCCCUUGGAGUUCCGUGAAAUCACAAUUUCCGCAAUGGACCGGAUUGAAUUAAUGAUCUUUAAUCUCAGGAAUGAGACUGCCAAGUCUUACGACAUUACUCGACAGCUUCAGGAAAUCCAUGAGUCUGUUAGACUUGCAUUUCUAAAUUCUUUUCGGGAUUUUGCAGGUUAUCUGGGGACAUUUGGAGCGGAACUAGCUCAGAGUAGAUCAAAUAAAGAAAACAAUCAUGUGCAAAAUGGGUAUAUGAAUGGUACUGAUAGAGAAUCAUCUGCUAGCAUGGAUGGAGGCUUGCACAAGAAGCUAUUGGUUGUUUUGAGUAACAUUGGAUAUUGUAAAGCAGAACUUUCAGAUCAACUGUAUAACAAAUAUAGGCACAUUUGGUCUCCGAUCAGGGAUAAUGAUGAACGUAGUGCUGAUAUGCGAGAUCUGGUGACAUCCUUCUCUGGACUUGAGGAUAAAGUCCUCGACCAAUAUACUUUUGCAAAGUCAAAUGUGAUCAGAAAUGCUGCACAGAACUAUCUGUUGGAUUCUGGGAUUCAUUGGGGAGCAGCACCUGUAGUGAAGGGCAUACGGGAUGCAACUCUUGAUUUACUGCACAUCCUUGUAGCUGUACAUGCCGAGGUAUACUCGGGUGCUAGGCCUUUGUUGGAGAAAACGAUGAAAAUUUUGGUCGAGGGUUUGGUCGACAUCUUUCUUAGUCUUUUUUAUGAGAACAAGGCCAAAGAUCUCAGAAUGUUGGAUGCAAAUGGUUUUUGUCAGCUCAUGCUUGAGCUCGAGUAUUUUGAAACCGUGUUAAACACAUACUUCUCUACUGAGGCACAACAAGCUCUGAAAUCUUUGCAAGAGAGUUUGUUGGAGAAGGCCUGUGAAAGUAUGGGUGAAGCCUCGGAGAAUCCUGCAUCAGAUGAUAAACAAGUGUCAUCAGUAUCACCCGAUGAUUUGCUUGCUCUUGCUCAGCAACACGGCAGUGAUCUGCUGCAAGGGGAGCUGGAGAGAACCCGAUUAAAUAUAGCAUGUUUUAUGGAGCCAACUCUUCAAUCAGGCUCGAAAACUUCAGCUUAUUCGUCUUACCAGGCACCAGCCCCAGCUCAAGUCUCCUCCCCUAGUUUUAGAAGGCAGCAGACAAAUUCUCCUAUAGUCUCUAGAAGACGCCGAUGAACUAAAUGCUGAGAGCAACAUUUUCUUUAUCGACGUGGCCUCUUCCCUAAACUCCCUUUUUAAGAAGGAAGUCCCUCUUUUCUUGGGUUGCCUGUAUUUUUUAUCCAUUCAUUGUAAUUAGCAUCAUGUUGUGUAUUAUGAAUUUUGAUCCAUUCUUUUGGUGUUGUAUGAUAAAAAGGGCAGGGUACAGGUGCUGCUGUACGGGACUAUGUACUUGUAUAAUCUCCAGAAACUGGAAUUGUUAUUUCCUUUUUUUUUUCAGAAGAUACCACUGCAAAUUAUACUUGUUUUAAACCAAGUGGUAGAUCUUA